CUUAUUACCCACACUGUGUCCGUGCUCCUCCCUUGCCCCAGAAGCUGAAUUUCGAAUUUCUCAGCUCUGCUGACAUCCCUCUGGGAGCAGUGAGUUCAAAGGGGGCUGCUUUGCAUGAUGGGGUGGCGAGGGGGGGAGAUGACCUCCCCCUAAGAAAGGGGGUGAGGAAAAAGAAUAUGGAGCAGAGAGGCUGCAGUGUGAUCAGGAGUUUUGGCUUUAUGCAGCUGCCUCCUCUCCUCCUCCGCUCAAACCAAGGACAGGGCAGAAAGGAAGACUGGGAGGAAAGUUGGUCAGUUUCAUUCUCCUUUGGCAUCAACCUUGCCUCCACUCCAGCGCCGAACACACAAGCUUUGUGAUUCCAGCCCUCACGCUUCUAUUUUUCCUUUGCUGUUUUAAACAAGCUGACAACAAGGAAAUGUCAGAGCAUCAUUUGGGGAAUGAGAGACCUUUUUAGACUGUAAGCCCAUCUGGGUCAAGGAGGAAGCAUCUUAUUGAUUAUUUAUUUAUUUUGUUGAUCAGCAGUAUAUAAACAUCUGGAGCAGUGGAGGUGUAGAGAUGAAUGGUACUGGGAACAUUUGAGGAGUCGGGUGUGAGUUUCUCCAAAGCAGACCAGAUCCUGCUGGGUCCUGGGGAGGAAAAUCCCUGCAGAGAGAUCAAGCAGAAGAGCAAUGGAGAUGUCCAUUUGCUAGGAGCCCAUACAUUGAUGAAUAAGCACAGUAAGGACCAGCAGUGGGCACCCUCAGAAACAUCACCACAUGAGGAGGAGGAUGGAAUCUCCAGCAAUCAUGAUGGACCAGAAAUGCAGGUGGAACAUGCGAGAAAUCAGUGGAAGAAUCCAUCUGCGACAGGGGUGGCUGGUGAUCUUUGCAAAACGAAGACCUCUGCAAGAUUACCCAAAGGGAUGGGAAAGCAUAAAUGCCUGAUUUGUGGGAAAGGCUUCACUCGAAAAUCAAACCUGUGCUUCCAAAAAACAGUUCCAUGUAAUUCAAGCACUUGCUUCCAGCAUUCGAAGCAUGAAUUGAUCCCACUUGGGGGCUACACGUCCUCACCUGUAUGCACUCGUUCCGAAAGGCAGACGUUGGCUAGCAUCCCAUGCAGCAUCCUUCAGGCUUUGUCAGCAGCACGGCUUUGUCAGCAGCAAGUCGAGACAAAAGUGUCCACGAAAUUAUGUAAGAGAGCUGUUUUGCAAACACUGGAAUUGCAGAAAUGCCAUUCUGUCAUGUAUGGCCAUUGGAAAGAAUAGUGCUUGUGUAACUGUAUGAGCACUUUUGUUAAAGCCCGUGGGAUGCUGCUCAGUUUGUGAGCCACUAUUUCUGUGAACAGAUCUAAGGGCAUCCCAGCAUCCCCUUUGAGAUGAAAGAGGGCUAAUUCAUGGACCGCCUAAUAGAUUUGAACCACAUUUGGUACAGUUGUAAUGAUCAGGGCCACCGAGAGGGGGUUCAGACCCUCUCUCUGAGAGGACCCAGAGAGCAACCUGGCUGCUGCAUUCUGGACCAACUACAGUUUCCAUUUUACGUACAAAGGCAGCCCCACAUAGAGCACAUUGCAGUAGUCAAGUUGGCGGUGACCAGCAGAUGUACUUCUGUUCUGAGAAUAUUUAUCUCAAGAAAUGAAUAAAGCUGGUGUAUCAGCUGAGGCUGAUAAAAGGCACCUCUGGCCACUGCCUCAGCCCAGGACACCAGGGAGAGGUUUGUGUCCAGAAGCACCCCCAGAGACUGCGUACCUGUUCCUUCUGGGGAAGUGUGACCCCAUCCAGAACUGGCAGAUCAAAAUCAUCUUCUGAGUUCUGACCCCGCGCAAUAAAUA